AUGUUUAUUUUUGACGUGCAUGCAUGGCUUAGUCAUUAUCCCAUAACGUAUACCUGCUGUAUCGCCGCCAGCACAGUUGCGGUAUCAGAAGUAAUUUGGUUCGCCUACAAAUAUAUAAGAACAUUUAUACCGCGAAAAGAAGUCUUCGAUGUGUUGAUGUUCAACGAAAACGGAUAUGAAUGCAUUUUUCAGCAUCACAAAAAUGUAAAUAAAAGUGCUCCACUUAAAUGCAAAAAUGUGAAUUGUUCGCAGAACAGCAUUAAUCGCAUAAUUGAAACUAUUGAUAAGGCGCAGUACUGCAUUGAUAUGGCCAUGUUUACGUUUAACUCGACUGAAUUAUUUGAGGCUUUGAAACAAGCCAUGGCACGUGGUGUCCAGCUACGCAUAAUUUGUGAGAAUUCGAGAGCAUUUAAGGCUGGGACCAGCAUUUGGAUGCUAAUAAACUUAGGCGCUAUGAUGCGCGGACCUAAAAGUUUGAGUCUCAUGCAUCACAAAUUCUGCAUCAUUGACGAGGAAUUGCGUGUUGAAGAAAUAUGCCUGGAGCGGGGAAGACGCACUAAACCAAAUCUCUGCAACAGUUGCAUAAUUAAUGGCUCAGCUAAUUGGACAAUAAGGGGAUUCGGCGGCAACUGGGAGAAUAUCGUCAUCACCACAAACAACGUGAUGAUCAAGGAACUUCAGGCAGAAUUUAAUCGCAUGUGGAAAGCAUUUACAAUUUCCUUAGAGCCAGUUGAAGAUAUGAAAAUGUUUGCUUAAAUGUCAAGGUAUUUCAAGUAAGA